AAGCAGCGGCUUCCCCUUUAAAUGCAAAUCCUUGGCGGGGCCUCGCAGAGAAGGGGAGGCGGAGGAGGGAGGGCGGCCCGGCCUGGGACAAUAGAGUCACCGCGGGCAGCGGGGACACCCCAGGUGGAGUUUGGGACUUGCUCAAGUCCUGGGUUUGAGCAGCCCCUGGUCCCUGCAGCCCCGAGUCCCAGCAGCACCCGGGCGGCCUCGAGGAACGAGCGGUGGUUGCCACCACAGCCGCGCCGGGGCCCUCUCCCAUCACGUGGCCGGCCGUGCCCCCCAGGGUCCCCGUGAUGGACGAUAAGAAGAAGAAGCGGAGCCCCAAGGCCUGCCUGGCCCAACCCGCCCCCGCCAGCGCCUUGCGCAAAGUGCCCGUCCCCCCCAGCAAGAGCGCCUCCUUCUCCCUCGGCCUCCCGCACCUGCCCUCCCCCAAGCAGCGUGCCAAGUUCAAGAGGGCUGCCAAGGAGAAAUGCCGCCCGGUGCUGGCCGGAGGAGGAGUGGGCACGCCGGGGGCCCCCCUGCAGCACUCGUUCCUCACGGACGUGACCGAUGUCUAUGAGAUGGAAGGGGGACUGCUCAACCUGCUCAAUGACUUCCACUCGGGGCGACUCCAGGCCUUCGGGAAGGAGUGCUCCUUCGAGCAGCUGGAGCACGUGCGGGAGAUGCAGGAGAAGCUGGCCCGGCUGCACUUCAGCCUGGAUGUCUGCGGGGACGGGGAGGAGGAGGAGGAGGAGGAAGAAGAGGAGGAGCUGCCUGAGGAGCAGAAGAAGAACGUGGCCGACCGCAACCUGGACCAGCUGCUGAGCAAUCUAGAAGACCUGAGCAACUCCAUACAGAAGCUGCACCUGGCAGAGAACCCCCAGCCCGAGGAGCCCCCCACGGCCUAGCAGAGGGCAAAACCUGGCCUGGCCUCUCUGGGGGAACUGUCAGGAGAAGGAAUAGCAGCAGCGGGGGGAGGAAGGGAGCCCAGAGAGGACCAGGUCCCAACUCCAGCCUCUGUAGUACAUGGCUGAUAUGGGACAAGGGGAGGGAGGGUGGGGGAGGGAGGUCUGCAUGAAGGGUUUGAGCCCUGAGGGACACCCCCCCCCCGCACUCUGCCUCAGUUCCCCUUCCCCGCACUCUAAUCGGCUUGAGAAACCCUUGAGGGACUGAGGGGGUGGGAGCCGGAACCCAACUCCAUCCCUGCCUGCCCACCCUGAAGCCCAGAUUCUGGGUCCCCGGGGCUCUGCUCCCCAAAAUAUUCAACGAGCCGCGACCCGGUGAGAGGGAAGGUAGAGACCGGGGAUCUGUUGGCCCCCCACCUUGUUACACUGUGCCGGAGCUCCCUACCCUGGGGACUCCCCCACACUCAGGUCCGCCGCCUUCCAGCCACGUAACACCCGGUGCUUUCCUCACCGCACAUGACUGUGACUUUUGUAUGGCGAUGUGGGUAUUUUUCAGCCCGUCACCACAACCACCAGCCACCCAGCCCACCUGACACCACUGGGCUGCUUUUAAGGUGUUUCUGUUCCCUCGGUGUUACAGGAGGGGGCAGGUGGAGAGUCUGGGCCCAGGCUAGAGGCAGUGGGUGCUGCCAGUGAAGGUUGCCCUGCCACCCACCAUGCCCCAAGAUCCUGGCAGGUUCUCUCUUCCCCUGGUUGUGUGCUCUCUCUUUGCUAUCCUGGAAUCUGGACAGGUUGAAUUAAACACCCAGUCCGUC